AUGCGUCUUUUGCACCUCCAAGAUGACGGCAAUCUCAGCCUUGUUGAACGCCUAGGCGACAACAUUCCAAGCUAUGCGAUCCUCUCGCACACAUGGGGGCAAGACAGUGAUGAGGUCUCUUUCAAAGAUCUCAUGAGCGGCAGAGGCGAAAGCAAACCCGGCUACUGCAAGGUUCGCUUCUGUGCAGAUCAAGCCGCAAGAGACGGCCUCCGAUAUUCCUGGAUAGACACCUGCUGCAUCGACAAGUCAAGCAGCGCAGAACUAUCGGAAGCAAUCAACUCGAUGUUUCGCUGGUACCAGAAUGCGGAUAAAUGCUAUGUUUAUCUGUCUGACGUUUCACGUGGUCCGUCUGAUGGAGAUGAGGACGGCUUACAGAUAUGGAAGCCGGAGUUCAGGGGAAGCAGAUGGUUUACGCGAGGCUGGACCCUUCAAGAGCUUAUCGCACCGGCAUCAGUCGAGUUCUUCUCUCGCGAGUGGAUAAACCUUGGCAGCAAGAGCUCAAUGGAGCAAACUAUCCACGAAAGAACAGGCGUUGCCAUUGACGCUCUCCGAGGAGCACCACUAUCUCAAUUCACUAUGGACGAGAGGUUCAUGUGGGCAGAAGGAAGAACAACAAAACGCGACGAGGACGCAGUAUACUGUCUUCUAGGCAUUUUUGACAUUCAAAUGCCGCUUUUGUACGGAGAGGGGCGCGAGAAAGCACUGAAGCGACUUCAGAAGGAGAUCAAGGAGUCUUUGGGCAACAGAGUUCAGUCACUGAGUGAUGAACUGAAACAAACGCUCUUGGACUCGUUGAGGUUUGACCAAAUUGAUGCGCGCCAGAUGACCAUCAAAAACGCGCAUGCCAAGACGUGUAAAUGGCUGUUACGCAAGUCAGAGUACCGUGACUGGCUUAACUCGGCCAAACUGAGCGAACACCACGGGUUUUUGUGGAUCAAGGGGAAGCCAGGUACAGGAAAAUCUACGCUGAUGAAAUUCGCUUUCGCCAAUACCCGAAAGACAAUGAAGGACACGAUCGUAAUCUCUUUCUUCUUCAACGCCCGAGGCGAAGAUAUCGAGAAAUCAACAAUCGGAACGUACAGAUCGCUGCUAUUACAACUCCUCGAACGGCUUCCCGCUCUCCGGUGUGUCUUUGACUCGCUCAGUCUCUCAAUGCCGAGCAAUAUCACAGACUAUUUCUGGACCAUCGAAUCACUCAAGACGCUAUUAGAGCAUGCGAUAAAGAGUCUAGGGGAGUGUCCGGUCGUCUGUUUCAUUGAUGCGCUGGACGAAUGCGAAGAAGCACAGAUCCGCGAUAUGAUAUCGUUUUUUGAACGCGUUGGAGAGCUCACUUCAUCAUCUGGAAUCUAUUUCCAAGACAUCGCCAACUAUCUCGAGACCGAGUUAAAGAUUGGGAAGAGCAAGCUUGCGCAGCAGAUCAGAGGCGAGAUGCAGGAAAAGGCCUCAGGUGUCUUCAUGUGGGCGGUUCUCGUCGUGGAGAUUUUGAACAAAGAGCACGAUGGAGGCCGGAUACACAAACUUCGAAAGAGGCUGGAAGAGAUUCCCAGCGAGCUGCACGAACUGUUUCGCGACAUCUUGACACGCGACUCAGAAAACAGAGAUGAGCUGGUACUGUGUAUUCAGUGGGUGCUUUUUGCCAAGCAGCCGCUGAGCCCUGAACAGCUGUACUUCGCCAUCCUUUCUGGAGUCGAGGCGGACGCAGUAUCGAUAUGGGAUCCCGAAGAGAUCACAAGAGACGUGAUAAAGAGGUUCAUCUUGGACUCGUCUAAGGGGCUGACCGAGGUCACUAAAUCGGAGCUGCAGAAAGUCCAGUUCAUUCACGAGUCGACGCGGCAGAAGGAAAUGGUAUCACACAAGCGCACUUUCUCGAAAACUUUCAGCUACCUCGUUGGAUUAGGGUUGACAAUCUUUUUCAACAACAUCAGGAGCAAGGAAGCUUUUAAGAUGUUCCUAAAAAGCCUUGCGGUGGACCAGUCUCCUGAAAUGGAAUCUUACGAAGCGGAUGCCAAUGACUUUGAUGAGGAAUGGAGCCAAAAGGGUCCCAGACGCGAUUUCAAAUUUUCAAGAAAUAGAGGCCUAUUUCCGUACUUAGCGAAGUUUGGAUGCAAGACAGCAGUCUCUUUCCUACUGAAGACAGGAGCGCUCGAAGGUAACUCGAAGGAUAGUAACGGACGGACGGCGCUUUUGUGGGCGGUAGAGAAUGGAUACGAGGCGAUAGUUAGGCUGUCGCUUGAGACAGAGAGAGGAUACGAGGCGGUAGUCAAGCUACUACUCGAGACAGGCAAGGUCGACGUUGACUCGAAGACGAUUUCGUUGGCGGUAAAGAGAGGAUACGAGGCGGUAGUCAAGCUGUUACUCGAGGUGGACAAGGACGGGAACGUCGACGGCCAGGGCGGAAAAUACGACAUCCCUCUCUACCUCGCUUCAGAAAAGGGUUACGAGAAGGUGGUUCAGAUGUUCCUCGAUAAGGGCGCCAACGUCAACAGCGAGGUCGAAGGCAGUAGCAGUCUCUGCGUUGCUUCACAUUUUGGCCGCGAAAAGGU